AACCCGCCGGAUGAAAAUACGAAAAGUGAGAAAAGUCGACAAAGAUACAUAACCGACCCCCUAAAACUCCCUUCUACAGACUAUUUAAUUUCCCACUUCACCACUAGAUCGCAGUGUCUUGCUUUUUGUUUCCCAUGUUAAGUAUACAUAACUUUUAUUUCUCAUAGUAUAUGUUCUGUAAAAGCACAACAGCGCCGCGCGGUUGCAUACGUGGUUUGUGUCAAUCGUGUCAAGUUGUGUCAAUUGCAGUCUAUCACACGAUCACAGCCCAAGAGAUUUAUGGCUUCUAAUUGCUUUUAAUCAUAACUGCGUGAAUCUUGAGCACACAAUCGAAAAUUGUCAGUUAAUGAGAUAGUGACAAUUCGCGUUUUAUAAGUGUUUGCGGCCUGUUCGAUGUGAUCGCAAACGCGGCGAUUCCGAGAGGGUGAUUCCGAUGGACCGUCGCCGUCUGUUCGCUAGUAUCGCUAUCGACAACAAUCGGCGUGGCAGAGCGUGUCAAUUCGAUCACCGCCCGACGACGGCUAAACGCCGUGGCGCCUAACUUCUCGAUCCAGUAGCGAGUCGUUAUGCCUCUGGUACUGGAAGUCGUGCCGAUCUAGGAGAACGCAAGCAACGGUGGCGAUAUCAACGAUGGCGAGCACCGUCGUCGCCGUCGGCAGCAAUCCGGAGAAUGCCUCCAAGUUUCUGGAGGCCCUGCAGUCUGAUCUCAAAAUACUUGCUUCGGAGACCAAGAAAAAGUACCCACAAAUCAAGGAGUCAUGCGAAGAAGGAAUUGUGAAGUUGAGAACAGCUUCGAGUAACCCAGGGACAUCAAUAUAUUAUAUUGUAAAUCAAAUACUUUAUCCCCUGGUUCAAGGUUGCGAGAGUAAGGAUAUAAAAAUUAUUAAGUUUUGUCUGAGUAUGAUGCAGAGGCUAAUAACACAGCAAGCAGUAGAUCAGAAAGGUGCCCGAUAUAUUACAGAUACUUUGUGGUUGUUAAUGGAAUCAGGUAUAGAGGAAGUUAAAGUUUUGCAAACUGUAACGCUAUUGCUUACGAGUAAUGCAGUGGUGCACGGAGAUACUUUGGCAAGAAACUUGGUACUUUGUUUUCGGUUACAUUUUACAAAAGACUGUACAACAAUAAAUACAGCCGGUGCUACUGUAAGACAGCUGGUGUCUUUGGUAUUCGAAAGAGUAGUCGCCGAGGACGAGCAAAGCUCAGAUCAACCAGAACCUGAUGAAGUGAAUAUAGAGGAAUUGAAAAUUCCAACAAAUCAAGCGCCUAAAGGUCUCGGUCCAUGUGCUGCAGAUGCAUAUUUGAUGUUUCAGGAUCUAGUACAAUUGGUGAAUGCUGAUCAGCCAUACUGGUUAAUAGGUAUUACUGAAAUGACUAGAACUUUUGGUUUGGAGUUGCUAGAAUCAGUUUUAACAAAUUUUUCAUCAGUUUUUUUUAAGCAUCCAGAGUUUAGUUUUUUAUUAAAGGAAAGAGUGUGUGCACUUGUGAUAAAACUGUUUUCGCCUAAUAUCAAGUAUCGUAAUUCAGUACCAGCAUCUUUGCAACAAGCAACUCCUUUAGAUAAACCAUAUUUUCCUAUUAGUAUGAGGUUAUUGCGAGUUGUGUCGAUUUUGAUACAGAAAUAUCAUUCUUUAUUGGUAACGGAAUGUGAAAUAUUCUUAUCUUUAAUUGUGAAGUUUCUGGAUCCUGACAAACCUACAUGGCAGAGAGCUUUAGCAUUGGAAGUUCUGCACAAAAUGACAGUUCAAGCAGAUUUGUUGACUAAUUUCUGCGAAUGUUAUGACUUGAAACCACACGCUACAAAUAUUUUUCAAGAUAUUGUGAAUAGUUUAGGUGCAUAUGUACAUAGCCUCUUUGUAAAUCCACAAAUGAUGAGUCAGACAGCAGCAAGUACAACUAUGCCUCAAAGCACAGGUUCACCAUUAUUCACAGGAAUGCCUAUCGGGCCUGGCGUAUCGCCUCAACCCGGUUUUUAUUCGCGCGGUAUUUGGUUACCAGUAGUAGCAACGUUUACAAGUGGACAAGCUAAACCAACUUAUUUAGAGAUGUUGGAUAAAGUUGAUCCACCGCAAAUACCGAUUGGUUAUGGAAUCAGUAUAGCCUAUGCGUGUCUAUUGGACAUCAUUAGAUCAAUUGCAUUGGCUAUAAACGGAUCGAAAGAUGAUAAUAGCGAAAGUCACAUCUAUCAGCCGAGUGAAUCCGAACGGAAACUUCAUGUGCAAUUAAUAAAUUCUAGUUGGUGCGGUCUAUUGGCGGCUCUCAGUCCGUUAAUAGAUGCCAGCACGGAUGAAUCGGCAACGGAAAAUGUUCUAAGAGCAAUUCAAACAUUUGCAUCUCUUUGUGGCCAAUUGGAAUUGCAAGCGCCACGCGAUGCUUUUAUUACUGCAUUAUGUAAAGCGUCUCUACCGCCUAAUUAUGCCUUGACAGUACUGUACAAUGCACCUCAAGGUAUUCCAACGGUGAGACAACAGGACUCGACUCAAUAUAAUUUGACAAUGGGCGAGCCCGAUUAUAGACAACAAGUAGUGGCUGUUGGUACGCCACUACCAACGGCAUCUUUACCAAUAGGUGCUCAUCAAGGUCCUGUCAUGUUGACCGCGAAAAAUCUGCAAUGUAUGCGUGCGUUGUUAUCGUUGGCCCAUUGUCAUGGUAGCAUACUUGGUAGCGCGUGGCAUUUGGUACUUACUACUUUGCAACAUCUCGUUUGGAUACUUGGUUUAAAACCUUCUACCGGUGGAUCGUUGAAAGCCGGAAGAACCGCAGCUGAUCCAAAUGCCGUGCUAACAAACGCGGUUAUGGCGGAUCUACCUGUACUCAGCGCUAUGCUCAGUAGAUUAUUCGAGAGCAGUCAGCAUCUCGAUGAUGUUGCUCUGCAUCAUUUGAUAGACGCUCUAUGCAAACUGAGCCACGAGGCUAUGGAGCUGGCGUAUUCUAACCGUGAACCUUCUCUAUUUGCUGUUGCUAAACUUCUAGAGACAGGUUUAGUAAACUUGCCACGUGUGGAAGUGCUCUGGCGACCAUUAACAAAUCAUUUAUUGGAAGUUUGUCAGCAUCCACAUAUUCGUAUGAGAGAAUGGGGCGUGGAAGCGAUCACUUAUCUUGUCAAGAUGGCUCUUCAGCAUAAAUACCCGCAACCACUUCGCGAUAAUCAGAAAUUGCAAACAUUAUUGUUAGGACCAUUGUCCGAAUUAUCAUCUGUGCGACACGGAGACGUUAGGCAGCGACAGCUGGAAUGUGUCCUACAAGUACUUCAUGGUGCUGGGGAGACGCUGUAUCACGGUUGGCCUUUAGUUCUCGGUAUUAUAGGAGCAGUUUCCGAUCAUCACGGAGAAGCUUUAGUACGUAUAGCUUUCCAAUGUUUACAGUUGGUUGUAACUGACUUUCUACCGGUGAUGCCUUGGCGAUGUCUUCCAUUAUGCGUUGAUACAGCUGCUAAAUUUGGAUCACAGACGCAGGAAUUAAACAUCUCGCUUACUGCUGUCGGUUUAAUGUGGAAUAUAAGCGACUAUUUUUAUCAGAAUCAAGAAAAAUUGUGCAUUUGUUUGCGUGGAGAUUCGUCGUCAGUAUUCCCUGAUUUUCCUGGUACAACAAACAUGCCACCGUUCGAUAAACUCUGGAUGUGUCUCUACGCGAGACUGGGCGAUUUAUGUGUCGAUUCACGACCCGCUGUACGCAAAUCGGCGAGUCAAACUCUAUUCUCUACCAUAUCUGCACACGGUAGUCUUCUACAUCAACCCACGUGGCAAGCUGUACUCUGGCAAGUAUUGUUUCCACUGUUGGAUAAAGUAAGGAGUUUAUCGAACUCAGCUAGUAGUGAAAAGGUUGACACUAGUGGGAACAUACUUAUUCAUCAUAGCAGGAAUACAGCGCAAAAGCAAUGGGCGGAAACGCAAGUUUUAACAUUAAGCGGUGUAGCUAGAGUGUUUAAUACGAAACGUCAACUACUACAAAUGCUAGGAGACUUUCCAAGAGCGUGGUCAUUGCUCCUCGAAUUUAUUGAGAAUUCCGCGCUUAGUAAAAACAAUGAAGUGUCAUUAGCGGCACUGAAGUCAUUCCAAGAGAUACUCUUUCAGCCGAAGGGAAGCGACAGCACCGAAGUGAUUCAUUCGAACGAUUCGGAAGGUUUGUGGACGGUAACGUGGCGCGUGUGGCUCAAUAUUGGAAUGGAAAGCACCGCACCACCACAAGAAGGCGAUACCGAACCUUACGUGCCGUCGCAGGCGUUUCUAACUGCGUUGAUGCAUAUAUUUCCUGGCGUUUUUCAGCACAUUAGAACCAAGUUUACGAGCCCCGAUUUGCAAAAAUUGUGUAGUGUACUAAAAAAUGCGGUAGCCGUUCCGGUGCAUGGUGAAUCGACGCCGUACAUCUUGCCAUCGGUACCUGAUGUAGUUCUUACUCAUUUGCAAGACGAAGUGCUGCAUUCCAUGGAGCUCCUGCAAAAAGAAGCGUUAAACGGCCCGGACAAUUUGCGCAUGAUGAUUGUACUAAUAUUCCUUCAGUUGCUGAGCUUUUCGAAAUUGGCGUGCGAAGCUCCCACUUAUGGUAAAAUACCCACGAAACACAUCUCCCAGAUCAGAGGCGUGUCUGCUGACUGGAUCACGAUGAACUACGUCCCGUUCGGCGAAAAGGCUCUGUCGAUGGUCGUGAGUCUGUACCAAAAGACUGCGCACGAGAUGGUCGUAAUUGACGGUCAGGUGUUGAAGCACAUUGUGGAAGCGCUGCACGUACCGUUGGCCAUGAAAUACGCGUGUCCGUCUGCGACCACGUGGAAAUUGGCCGUGACUAGUCUCCUGGCCGUUUUGCAUACCGGGCUGCCGCUUGCCAGAAGAUAUCCCGAGCAGUUUCAGAGUAUGUGGCUUGAACUCGCGAGCACGCUGGAUGAUUUCUUGUUCCCUAAAAGUGUACUAAAUGUAGAACGAGGGGUGGAAGAGAUCCAGGCUGAUGAGGCGGUGGAUUGCCAGGUUAUGGAGUUACUGAGGGACGAAGUAUUGCCACAUUCUCAGCAUAUACCUCAUCAAUUUAUAUUGAGAGUUGUUAUGCUUUUAAAUAAAGGUUCCAUACAUUCAGCGACUACAGCAAAUAUCGAGAAUGGAGCAGAGACGAAGUUACGCGAGGAAUUCGCAAAAACUUGCUUUGAAACUUUGUUGCAAUUUUCUCUGUUAGAUGGAUUGAACAAUGACACGGAAAAUAGUCCUAAAAAGAAUUCGAAAAAUGACGAGGGCGGAAUUGCUGGACGUUUGGCAGUUACGGCUCUUCUGCACAGAUUUCAAGAAGUCUUACGGCGAUAUAUUGAAAGCGAGAGACGGAGUGGGAAAUGCCCUUUACCUAGAAUCUUUUCUAGGUACAGGUUGUCGGAGAUAUCAUUUGUUCUGAAAGCUGUUGCUACUCUUGUAGUAUCGCUCAAGAAAGCGCCUCCCAAUAAAGUUGAAAGAUCAGUAUGGGAGCAGCUAAUCGGAUUAUAUCCAUGCUUAGUGGAAUGUACGAUUGCGACUACUUCUGGUCAAGUAUCUAGAUCUUUGCGAGAGGCUCUGCUGCAGUAUCAUGAUUUAUUGCGGGCACCAGUUUACAACACAUCAACCCCCAAUGGCGUUUGACCAAUGCAUUCUUUUUUUUUCACUGAGAGUGUGGAUUAGCACUAAUAGUUGAAGUACAGGUAAUUUCGAGUAAUUUUCCUUAUGUAACGUUUUGAUGCGUGAUAAAAUAAAUCUGCGAAUAAUAAUUCUCCAAUUUUAUGUAAAAGAAAAAUUUCCCGCAUAAUUAUAGUCCAAUAAUAGAAUAAAUAAAAGGGUAACUUUUGUUGUCAGCGUGAUUUCAGUAGUUCUAUAUAGCUGAAGUAAUCUACAUAGAUACGAAUUAAUUCCGCUCAUACGUCGAAAUAUAUAUUAUUUUUACGACAUUGCAGUACAAUAAUCAAAAUGCGAAUAGAGCUUUUAGAUUGACGCUCUUACACUAUGAGAAUUUCAUAUAAAUUUACAUAAUUUUUGUCAUUUUCAACUUUGUGUCAAGAAGAAUAACAAAGAAAGAUUUCUUUACAAAAUCUACUAACAGUGCAGUAGUAAUGCAAGGAACUUUUAUUGCAAAAUUGUUAUGUCGAUAAAAUUAAAUUUGAAAUAUAGUUCAAGUAAAUUAGAGAUUGAAAUGUUUGAGGUACAUGAAAUUGCGAAAGAGAAUUUAUCAACUAAUAAUUCUCCCAGAGAAAUGUAGAAAUUAUAUGUUUUAGCGCAAUCGUAGUUAUUGUUUCGAGUAUACAGGAGGAAUGCUGUAUAUAUUUGCGAGAAAUGUACAAGACAGCUUUUUUAAUCAGUGUUGUAAAUAUUAAUACGAUAUAUAUAAUGUAUACUAAGAUGCGAAUGUAAGACGAUUUUAUAAAUAACAUGAAACUUUAUCAUUUACUAUUCUUACAAAUUACGCGGCGUCGUAAAUUAUUAAUAUUGUCGAAAUGUAAAUAAAUCUAUACAGAUUAAAUAAAGCUCCAUCUGAGUAGCUGUUA